CGCGGCCUGAGUCCGAGUUGUCUACUAGACCUUCCCGUCUCCUCGCGAGUUCGGAGCCUGAUCUCCAUCCGGCGAGCAGCGGCGCCAGUUCCCUGCUUCGAUUGAAUCCUCGCCGGUGAGAGGGUAGGAGGAGGGGUGCCAUGUCGGGGAUCCUUGCGUGGGCGGUCGACGUGGUAGGAGGGGCUGGCGCCGCCAACGACGACGAAGCCGACGACGCUCGUGCCGCGGCAUCCGCGGCCAUGACCCCGGAGCAGCGGCUCCGUGCCGCUGAGCUUGAUGCGAGGGCGGCGUCGCUGCGGCGCUCGAUCCACGACCUCCGCCUCCGGGUGCCCCCGCCCCACGUGGCGCAGCGGCUGCCGCAUCUCCAUGCUCACUCCCUCGCCUCGUCGGCCGCCCUCGCGCUCCAGCUCAACGCCCACUCCUCCACCAAGGAACAGGCGGUGCAGAGAGAGAUAACUCUUCAAGAAGAAAAUGCAGCCUAUGAGAAAGCUAUAUCAAAUUGUCGACAGAAAAUUCAGGAAAAACAGAUGGAGAUCACUCUGCUUCAGAGUAAUCUGAAGGAAAUGGAAAUUUCGGAGCACGAUUUGAAGGCACAGCUUGACAAUGCUCUGAAUGAGCAAUAUGCUUCUCAAAAUAAAGCAUCAACAGCUGCUUCUGAGAAUACUGGAAAUGCUUUGAUGGAAGCUGAAUCGUUGAUUAAUAUCAAGUCUAAAGAUCUGAAAGAGAAGAACGAAGAGCUGAAAUUGUUGGAAAGAAAUCUGCAAGCACUGGAGAUGGAGUGGUCCUUGGUUGAAAGAGAAUCAUUCAAGAAUCCGACUCCUGCCCAGAGGGAAAAGGUCCUGGAGAAACAACUACAUAGCCUCGUUGAGCAGCUGACAACUAAGCAAGCUCAAGCAGAAAGUCUAAUCACCGAUGUUCAUGCCAAAGAAAAGGAAUUGGAAAGGUUGAAUAAUGUACAUAGAAAUUUUCAAAGUAGUACAAAUGAAGUUAGUGUGGCACGGAAUCCGUUCAGGGCUGGCCUUUUUAGUGUGCAUGAAGAUUCUGAUGCCAAAGCUGUUCGGCGACCCUAUCAAUCCGGUCUUAGAACAGAAGGGCUGAAAAGGUUAAUGAUUGUUAGGUCUGCUUUUGUUCUCUAUAUUUUGGUACUUCAUAUUGUGGUUUUUAUAAAGAUCUCAGUUUCAAAGCAGUAAGAAAAUGUUUCUCCCCAUAUAAAGAGGGAACUCUGUUUCUGGUACCAAACAUAUAACUAUUUCCUAUGUAUCAAGCUCUAAACUUUUUAUUUCCACAUAAAGAGGGAAGGUUGUUUCUACCAUCAAACGUACAAAUAUUUAGUAAGUUCUGUACACUAUAAAUGUAUGUUGCCUUUUAUUGUAAUAAUCCUUAUUGUAAUAAUCCUUAUUGUGCUU